CGCUUUUUUUUCUUCUUUUUCCUUGUUUCCUCACAGUGACAGACGUCGCAUCAUAGACAGAGAUAAAGUGCACGGAGUUUUUGUCGAUAUACGGUGUUUUUUCAACUGUUCUGUCGUCUUACAAGCUGUCAACUUAUCAAACGAGAUAAUGAAGAAGACAACCAACUUCUUUCCCGGAAAGACUAUGGUGUCUUUCAGGAAGGGUCCAUCAGGUCAUCUGCGGCAGGAUCCCUCUGACGAGGCCAUGCGGAUCAAAAAGAACCCUUCUCUUUAGGACAAGUCUCCCCCUCAGAGACAUGACCUUGUGAAGACCAAUGCUCUCACUGUGGUCUUUGAGCGGGGAGGGGAUGUGUCUGACCGACUGGAGGUAAUGGGGGAGUAUGUGCUGCAGUUUGGCAAGUACAAGGGUAAAUUGUUUAGGUGGCUCCUGGAAAACGAUGUUGGCUACACCAUCUACCUGAUGAAAAAGGUAGAGGAGGAGGAGAGAGAUGGGACCUUCAACCCUCAGGGACACAACAAGGACAGCCUGAUGUUAUUUCUGGACUAUGCCAGGAGCUUCCAGGAAAUUAGGGACCUCAGGGAGUAUCUAGCUUCCAGGCUGCCUGCUCCACCAGUGGCAUCAGAGGGUGAAAAUACUGUCGGCUUUGGAGCCAGGGCAAAGGACACCUGGAGGCAGAUCUGGGAGAGCAGGGCAGAUGGAUAUGCUGCCUUCAUCGUAGGAGUAAAGUGCAUCAAAAACAGCAAGAUGUACAACCUGCAGCAGUACAUCCUCAAGCAGCAGAGGGCUGAGUCUGGGGAGUCCUGUCCACCACCUGCAGGAGUCUCCACUACAUCAGCUGCCCCUACACCGCCUACAUCUAGCAUUCUAGGACCAGCAGCAGUCUCCAGAGCCCCGGCUGUGUCUCCACCAACAGCACACAGGACGGAGCCAACAGCGACGGUUUCCAGACCUGCCGAGCCUGAUGACUCCUCUGGGAUUGUUGCUUCUGUGAAAGCCAGGCUGGAGGCCCCGCUGCCAGCCCCUUCUACCUCCUCAGCUCAGAUGAUAUGUGGACUUCAGCAUGUGGAGCCAGGCUGUCGUCAUGUUGUGUUAAAUUGUGACAAGCACAGGGUACAGCCCAACAUCCCAGCUGCUGUAGCUAUGGAGACCGAGGAUCACUGCCCUGCUGCUUUGGUGGCCACAGACUCUCAGGAGACCAGUGAAGAUCCGGUUGGAGUGGUGCUGAUCACACAGCUGGAGUGGUCUUUCAGCAGGGCUCCGGUCCCAGCGGUCCCAGCACACAGCUGCUACCAGAGGCAGUCUUUCAUGGAUACAGGUCAUUCAAAUGACCUACCUACCAUCCUCCUACAGACCAGGAGGAGUCUCUGAGCCGGUCUACAGUGGAGCGGAUUGGGUCAGACAUCCUGGUUAAACAACAACAACAAGAACAUCAUCAUCAUCAUCAUCAAGCAGCAGCAGCAGAAAAAGAUGACCAGGAAAUGUUUAGCCUACAGUCAGCUGAAGUCGUAGAUGGAGUCAGAGGAGAGGGCGAACAGGAAGUCAGCAGUGCAGCUUCCAACAGGUCGCCUGUGCAGGUUCUGUCAUCAACCCCUAAAGCCCUCACAUACUGUACAUGACAGCUUCCCCGGGGUACCAGGGAAAUACAUCUACUGCCCCUCCAGAGUGUUCUCCCCCUACAAGGCACAGGGCAUGGGGAAGGAGAUGACCUGGGGGGAGUUCAAACUGUCGGACUUCUAUGAGGCUGAGAGACACAAAGAUUCAAAGAGAAGACAGACAAAUGGACUGCUAACCCACCAAACGACAAAUAUAUCCUCUCGCAUGCACACACACGCACGCACUCACGCACACAAGACACACCACUGUGCAUUGUCAGGACUGUUUCUUCUGUUUUCAUAGCCAAGCAAUUAUGAUCUUUAGUUUAAUUUAACUGUAUUCACCUUCACUGGAUGUCUGGUCUGAUUCAUCAUCAUCAUCAUCAUCAUCAUCCUCACAUAGUCUCUCAGCACCUUUACAUGCACUCUCGUGUGCCCUCCACGUGUGUAAAUGUGUAAUAUUUUAAUAAUAAAUUAUUCCGUAAAUGUAUACCCAUAUUUAGUUGUUAAUUUGUUUUAUAUAUAACAUUUGAAUUAUAUAAAUAAGCAAUGUGUCAAUGUCAGUUUUUAUUUUGUGUUUAAGAAUGAUGUUGUUCUUUAUGAAAUAUCUUGGGAGCAUUACUAUGACUUAUUGAUAUUUGAUAUUUGAUUGAGGAAGUAAAAGUGAUAGAAAAUGAA